AUGACCGCUCUACCGCACGCCGUAGAUGCCGAGACGCCCCUCAAGCCCUCGGAACUCCAGGUUCUGAGGGCGCAGUAUGAGAAGGAAGGUGACAUGGUUGGCGUGCAGACAAAAUUCAACUAUGCGUGGGGCCUCGUAAAGUCCGACUCCCGAAACGACCAGCAGACAGGAGUGCGCCUGCUGUCCGAAAUCUUCCGCGUCUCUCCCGAGCGCCGUCGCGAAUGUCUGUACUACCUGGCACUGGGCAACUACAAGCUCGGCAACUAUGGCGAGGCCAGGAGGUACAACGACCUUUUGCUCGACAAGGAGCCCAUGAACAUGCAGUCUGCCGACUUGAGGAGGCUGAUUGACGACAAGGUGGCAAAGGAAGGCUUGAUGGGUGUCGCCAUCAUUUCUGGCGUCGCCAUUGCCGCCGGCGUGGUGGGUGGCAUUCUGUUCAGGGGCCGGAGGAGAUGA